GAUGGCAAAGAAGAAGACUUGCGUGCGCCCGCGCCGUUGACGUUCUUUGUCCGUUCGCCAUGGCAGCUGAUCCCGCAGCGCAAGCAGCAGCGAUGGCAGGGCAGCCCGGAAUGAUGCCAGGUCAAAUGCCUGGGCAAAUGCCAGGACAAAUGCCAGGUCAAAUGCCUGGGCAAAUGCCUGGGCAAAUGCCUGGGCAAAUGCCUGGACAAAUGCCUGGACAAAUGCCCGGACAAAUGCCCGGACAAAUGCCUGGGCAAAUGCCUGGACAGAUGCCUGGACAAAUGAUGCCAGGACAAAUGCCUGGGCAGAUGCCCGGGCAAGUGCCUGGACAGAUGAUGCAAGGACAGAUGCCUGGGCAAAUGAUGGCUGGGCAGACGAUGAUGCAAGGACAAGGAAUGAUGCCUGGCAAAGGUCUGAAUACCACCAACGUUUCCGCUAAAGAAGGUGACGUGAUGGACGUGGAAGUCCACUACGGCGAUUUGCCCCAGGAGAUGAUCAAUGAACUACGUGACGCAGCUGGUAAAGCUCUCAAGGAACAGAAGGAUUGGGCUGAUAUGGCCACCAGCAUUAAGGCUGCCUUCGAGGCCAAGUAUGGUCCCACCUGGUUCUGUGUUGUAGGCAAGGACUUUGGCAUUACGGGGACCUGCGAAAUGAACCGUGGGGGAUUUGUCUCCAUUGCUGGUGUGGCUGUCGGGGUCUUCAAGUUUAAGUGAAUAAAGCACCCAGCCAACAAAAA